ACACAUUUUUUAAAUUCUGACAGCGAGGAUUGGCCGACGUACAAGAGGGAGCUUCGCCUGAGUGAUAGUACUACCGACCCUGGAAGGAUUUCUGGUGUCCCGGUUAUAGAUCGUUCCAACCCACAGGACGUGUUUCAGGCUAUCUUGCAACAGGUGACCGCUACCAGCACCGAACGCUCUUUCACCAACGUACUCCAGCACCUACUGAACAUUAAACCUGGCAAUGAGGCACUCAGCGAGUCUAUCUGGCAAGCCGUGGAGAAGCUUGUAUCUAAAGCAGCAGCUGUGGCCUCAGAAGAGGACGCCCACAAGCUGGUAACCUGCUCUUUCAGGGACACAGAGACUAAAGACAAACGCGGAGAGCAUCGAGAAAGCAGUACAGAUAUCCCUGCACACAACAAUACAGUAUCACCGGGGACUUUACUUUCGUCAUCGUCAACAUCUUUGGGGGUGAUUUCAUCUUCAUCUAAACCACCUCAAGCUCCUCCUUUACCUCCAGCAAUCAUGUCCGGAGCCCCUCAGCCCCCACCACCACCCCCUGUCCCAGGGAUCGCAUGGGGCCCUCCUCCCCCACCCCCGCCACCUAAUGUGCCGCUACCAACGAUGACUGUCCCAGACUUACCACAGUUCCAUGUGCCCAGACCUAGGUCCAGAAUGAAGACCCUCCAGUGGCAGAAGAUUCCGGUGAAUAACGUCGUCGGCAAGUCCAAUAUUUGGACCAUCAUUGGACAUUUGGAUAAAAAAUACGAAAUGGAUUACGAGCGAAUGGACGAACUGUUUAGUCUAACUAACGAAAACAGCCCAAAACGAUCAAAGAUAAUCCAUAUUCCUGUAACCACAUGUCCACAGGUCAACCUACUGGACGGAAAGCGGAGCCUGAACGUGAGCAUCUUCCUCAAACAGUUCAAGUUGAGCCAUCAGGAGAUCGUGCAGCUGAUCCGAGAAGGUCGUUGUGAUAAGUUCGGGGCCGAGCGGUUGAAGAGUUUGUUGAAGUUGUUGCCAUCUCAGGAGGAGAUCGAUGCAAUCAAUGCUUAUACCGGAGACAGGGACAAACUGGGAAUUGCAGAGAAAUUCUUUAUUUGUAUUAUGAAGCUUCCUAAUUACCGCAUGAGGAUAGAGGGUCUGCUGAUGAUGGAAGAGUUUAACAUCAACAUGGAGUGGAUCCGACCAUCUAUAGAGUUUGUUAUACAGGCAGCAAGAGAUAUCCAGGCCAGUCAAUCUUUGAAAGAGCUCAUUUAUUUAAUUCUUAUUUCUGGGAACUACCUCAACUCUGGAAACUAUGCAGGAAACGCUGCAGGUUUCAAGCUGUCCUCAUUGUUGAAACUGACAGAAAUACGAGCAAAUAAACCAGGGAUGAAUCUCAUGCACUACGUAGCCCAAGAAGCAGAAGAAAAAAAUCCAAAACUUCUGAAGUUUCCACAAGAGAUGAAAUGUUUAAAAGAUGCUGCUCAAGUGUCUGUGGAGUCUCUAACUACUGACAUCAACAACAUUGCUGGAAAAGUUAGAGCCAUCACAGAGCAGAUUGUUUGCGCUGGAGCAGAUUUUCAGCAACAGAUGGCAUUCUUCUUGAAGGAAGCAAACUUUGAAGUUGUGGAGCUGGAACAAGAUCUGAAAGACAUAGAGAAGAUCAGGGUUGAAUUGGCUACAUUCUUCUGUGAGGACGUGAAGUCUUUCAAGUUGGAGGAAUGCUUCAAAAUUAUGCAGACAUUCUGUGAACGGCUACAGAAAGCCACCGAGGAAAAUAUUCAAAGACGAAUUCAAGAAGCUAGGGCAGAGAAAAGAAAAAUAUCUAGAGACAUGGAAAUGGAGCAGCGUCGGCAUUCAAGGGAUAAUGCAGAACUUCUAGAUCAAAGUAUGGAAGUUAAGGAUGGAUCUCUUGUGAAUAAGCUACUGGCAGAUGUCCGUAGUGGAUAUUCUUCCAGUAGACUGAAUGACGGAAACUUCUCUGUAACCAGAAUGAGCAAAGUAAGUCUUAGCCCAGCUGACAAAUCCAGCAGCCUGUUAGACAUUACGGAUGGACGCACCAGGCAGCAGAGGCUAUCUGUUGGAAGUUCUGUGGAAGAUCUCUUCUCCUCGUCUGAUUCUCUUGCUCAGAAAGGCAACAGAAGAAGCUAUGCUUUUGGUGAUGAUGAAUCUUUGCUCAAUUUCCUCAAAGACACUUCUGAUUCACCCUCUGACCUCGACAAAGAGUCUCGGUUUGAAAGGUACUCCAGUCUGCGAAAAAAGCGCAUGGAAAGAACUGGACGAAAAAGCAGUACUGUCGACGCAUAUGAAUUUGGGCGUGAACGAUCUUCGUUGACAAACCUAACAGAUGUCGGCAUAUCAUCCACACCAAUCAGCUCCACAAUUGCCGGUGUUAAAAUGAGACAAUCAUCUAGUGCCAAGAAUGACAGACCAAAGUCGGAAGUAUUUUCUGACGAUACAACUGAUAAUUAUCCUCUUCGUCGUAGUCAGAGCUUCUUGGACAGAUCUUCUCUGGACAGAAGACAACACUUGAAAGAUGAUGAUGAUGACGAAUCUGAGGCUUUAAUUAGACGUUUAAAACAAAAACUGGGUAGAGCUAGUGGUCGAGAAACACCCUCCAUUAGUGAAGAGGCUGGUGACUUGGCAGGGAAGGAAAUUUCAAACUCUUCACCUGCAGACUCAACUCCUUCGACAAGAAGACAUUCCAGGUGGAGAAGUGGCAUCGAUGUUUCAGAAAACAGUUCUCCAUCAACAAGAAUGAGCAAAUACAGCUUUAGUAUGGAGAAUAUAACAGGGAGUAAUUCUGACAAAACGUCUGUCAUACAAAAUGUUGAGAAUAGUCUCCCUUCUGAAAUGUCCACAAAUUCCCAACCCAACUCUGACCUUGCUCAAAAUCAAUCAUUUUCUGUUUCAAUGAGGAAGCAGAUUAGCAGCGUUUUUGGCACAGACAUUGAUGGUAUACUAAAGACAAUAGAAGACACAGGUCGACAAAUUGACACAGUAGGUGUCACUGGUCCCAUGAAAAGAAACCCAGAACCCACUGUCAGUAACAGUUCAGCUCAGCCACAAGUUGCUGUAGUUGCCCAUGUUAUGGCCUCAAACAAUCCAUCCAGCCCAAUCAUUGACAGUGAUCUCAAAGGGAAUAAGGGCAGCAAAAAAGCUGGUUCUACUGCUACUGUUAGACCCACACGGAUUAUGAGUGAUUCCAGAAAAGACAUUAAAAGAGUAAAUAACACAAGCAAUGGUAUCAACAGGACUCGAUCAGGCAACUUUAUACGACGCUCUGCUUCUGUUCCAAGAACUCCACCACCACCCCAAGUUCGCUUGUGUAAAAGCACAAUGAGAAGUGAGAAUGAAAAGUCUGGAAAUACUAGCACAAACAACAAAAAGGAAGUUGCUAAAACUGGCAAAGUUGAAGCAAGAAACAAAAUGAAAGACAAUGGUAACAAGACACAUAAUGGAAGUCGAGCAGCACAAGACAGCAGUACCAAGUCAGGUGACACAAAUAUGACCAAUGAACUGGUCAACCUCAGAGUUCAGAAGUGCCCAGAAACAUUGAAUAUUGAUUCCACAAACACUUCAACAGAAACCCUUCAAGCAAUUUCUCCAGUUCUUCAGCCACACAGCCUCUUAGACAAUUCAGCAGAUGACAGUGAGUCCUCAGUGGCAGCUAUUGCCAAGUGGAGGAUGAAGAGAGCUCAACAGAGAAGAAGUAUGGGUGACAUUAUUGAUGAAACUGACAACUCAGUCAGUUUGAACUAUCCUGCCAAUAGCUUGAGAAAUGAUGCAGGAUCAAGGUUCAGCUUUGCCAGCUACAAUGACAAUGAUGAAGGGUUUGAGACUUCUUCAGGCACAAUGUCCCAGCGGACUUCUAUGAAUAGUGUUCUGGAGGCUGAUAUUCAGAACAAUGUUGCUUUGUCACGGUUGGCAGGCAUUGCCAAACAAAACAGUCCUGACUCUCCUAGUUCUGAUAUAUUAAGUGAUGUUUGCUCAGAUAAUGUUUUCUCUCCAGAUAGUGAACAGGGAACAUCAGGGACAGACACAAUUCCCUCUGCAUCAUCCACCAAAUCCUCAACAUCUGUGAAACAAAAAGAAGCUUCAACUGUGAGGAAGCCAGCAAAGACAGUGCCAAGUUACAUGCAGCCCACAAGCAGUUCAGCCAGCAGACCUGCUAGAACUAGAGUCUCCUCUACCACAAGUGGCGACUCUACAGCUUCAGUCCCUGUGAUCAAACGUAAUGUGCCCAGCAGAUCAUCAGUCAGAGACCAAGAUCCUGGGCAGCCUCUGAAGCGAGAUGCUGCUCGUGCUUCUAUGAGAGCAGAAUCUGCAUCUGCAUCAUUCCAGAGGGGCACACUUGCACGAACUUCUGUUCGAGGUCCAAGAUCUUCACUGUCUGUGUCCAACAGUUCAUCAACAAACUCCAUCGUUGCCCCUGCAAGCCCUGGGAGGUCCAGAAUGGGAUCAAGCUCUAGCAUGUCAUCUUUAGCCAGCAGCACAUCCAAUAUAACUGUAGGCCAUUCAGGUGGUUCUGAGACUACCAACAGGAGACUAGCAUCCACCUCAAGCAUGGGAGCACCCAUCUAUCGCCCUACCACCCCUUCAUUUCGCUCAAAGACUCCUACACCUCAAACAUCAGCCUUCAAAAAGCCACUGAUUAUAGUAUCACAAACUAGAACAUCAACAAAACCACCUCAGAAAAGUAAUGAUCCUUCAAGAACCCAAAAAGGUAAUGAUUCUUCAAGAAAUCAGAAAAGUAAUGAUUCCUCAAGAACUCAGACUGUCAGAGCAUCAUCUGGACGUACCUCAUUAGGCAGCACACCAACACUGAACACUGAUGGCAGACGCAGUGUAAUACCCUUUUCAAAUGACAACAGUAGGAGCUCAACACCAUCAUUGGUAGAUCGACCACACAGUACAACCCCGUUGAUGUCUGAAAACAAGUCAUCAAGAAGAUCUUCGUUUAUGGCCCCAACAGCUUCAUCUCGAGCUAAAUUAGAUGAACUUUCAUCAGCAGUUCCAUCACGGACACAAUCAUUGACUAGCAUAGUAAGCAACUCAUCAAUUACCCGCCAGGGAAGCCUGCGAGGGCUCAACAAAUCCUCCACUAAAACUAGUGGCAGGCAAUCCCCAGCUAGCACAUUAUUAUCUCCCCAUGGAAAGCCUGACCACUAUCAGUCGUUAUCAACUGUAGCUGAACAGACUGGAGAUGAGGAUAAGGAAGAUGUCUCCAUCAAAAGAUCUCCAUCCAUCAUGAAAAAAUUGAUAGGAAGAGCAAAAGGUUCUUACCCUGUGUCAAAAACAGCAGCAAAAACAGCAGUGGCAGCAGUAAAGAAAUAA